CACAACUGUGCUUCGUACUUUUUUCGCUGUCACGUCGGUCUAGUCGGAGUAGUCCAGCAGAUGAUGAUGAUGUGGUUGGCCUCCAUGGUUACUGGUCUUCGGCACAGUAGACUACAGAGUACAGUACAGUAGCUUGUAGUUACCAGUCACACUGUCUCAGUGUCUGUCAGUGUCAGGUGCCAUAAUCGCUCAGAAACACUGCAGUUUUGCUUUUUGGGACAGACUGUCCUAGUAUUCAAGAUUUUGUGUUUUCUCCUCUAAAACUAUUUUCGUUACUGAACAGGGCAAAGUGUGUUGUGAUCAUUGCUUACAUUCCUUCGUGUUCGCUACCAUGAGCACCUAGGAAGCUUCGAAGUGCAACUGUGCUUCAGCUGAUACUCUGCUUUUGAGCUUUACGGUCACCACCCAUUGAGUUUCCAUUCAAAAUUGUUCGCUAUGGAUUGGUUGUCACGAGCGGUCCAGUGGACCCGCUGUCACAGAGCCUCAGCUGUCCUCUUGCUGCCAGCAUGUCUAGUUUUGAGUAGCUGCUUUGAAGCGUCUGCACGAGACAGUAUGUACAAGGAAGAACACGUGGUGCACUCACUACACCGUUUUCAGAAGUUGAAGGUAUCACAUCUGCAGCAUACCGUCGAGCACGGGACUCACAGAGAUGAUGGUCAUGAGAGGAGAAUACGGCUUAGGCUGUUUGACAGGGACCUUCAUCUACAUCUGAUUGUUCAUAAGAGUCUCUUCCAUCCAAAAUUUGUUGCUCAUGAAGUUGAUGGCAUGAAUCGAAAGACGCGCCGGCAAAUCAACAGAGCGGCAUUCUACCAUGGCGUUGUUCAAGGUCAAGAAAGAUCACGUGUUGUUGCUCACGUCAGUGAUGAAAAUGUUGUGAGUGCCUCAAUACACUUACCGGACGAAACAUACUCGAUUGAGCCAUCAAGACGUCACUUCAAAUCACCACACAACUUCCACAUGAUAGCGUACCGCGACUCGGACAUCAAACCCAAGCCAGAGGCACGUGCUUGUGGCCUUACACCAGAAGAUGAGGAAACUGGAAAUGACGUUGCAAGUCAUUCACAUGAUCUGCUGUCGUCUAUGUCACCAUGGAAGCUCUUCAAAGACCUGCCUUCCAAUGCCAGUGACCAAUCACACAGACCCAGUGCGCAUGGUGAGCAUCACCGACUACGACGUCAAGCAGUCUCCUCCGGGCGUGCUUGCCCGGUCACCUUGGUUGCAGACUCGUUCUAUUCAGACGGAGUCGGCGCUGGGGAUUUCCAGACUUCUGCUUCGUCAAUGAUUCAGCAGUUGAACUAUGCCGACACCAUUGUGUUUGCCAGGUCGACAUUUGUUGGACGGGGCGGUUCAAGCCUGCAGGCCACUUUUGGCAUGCAACUGAGAGAGGUCAUUGUGCAUCAAGCACCCAAUACGUCUAUUCCGUACAACACCGGCGUAAAAACCGGCGUACGCAGUCUGUUGACGGCAUUGAGCAGAAGCAACUGGAACCCAUCGCGACGUGCCGAUGGAAUGCCAGGAGUGUGUUUGGCCCACCUCUUCACGCAUCAAGGAUUUGCAGGCAAUAUCUUGGGACUAGCGUACGUCGCCAGUCCGGGCAGGAAUUCCGUCGGCGGGGUGUGCAAUAUUGCAUUUCAAGGCAACCGGUGGCUCAACGUGGGCAUCACAACCACACAGAACUGUCCUUCAGGAGACAUCACCGAUUGCCAAACACUGAUUCAGAGAGAGGCUGACCUUGUCACCGCUCAUGGUAAGCAUCCUGAACCAAUGGCAGCACUAGUCUACGAAUCACUGUGCUUGCCGGUGUUGCAACAAUAAAACAUCUGCCCACUG